ACCUGGUCUCGGGGCCCUGUGGCCCUCAAGUCUGUCUCUGUCUGUGCUGCACUUUGUCUAGCGAGCAACGUCACUUUGUUCUGUGCGAGGACGUUGACCUGCAUGCCUAACUGCCUACCCCGCCGAGUGGACCCUCCCAGUCCCCGACGGCAGGCUAGAGUGCGCAGAAAACAUACCGUCUUCAGCAAAUCGUGAAAUUCUUCUUUUCUGAGACAUCAUUCUAAGCAAAAAGUACGAAUAGACCGCUUCCCUGGUUUCUGUCCUUUCAGCCUCCGGCCCGUACCGAACCCCGUGUACCUAGGUAGCUAGGUAGGUAAAGAGAGCUUCGACCCCGCGAGCCCCGGUAUUCCGUAUUCCCGACGUCGCCUCGUGCCACAAGCUACAGAUCUUUUCGACCUCGUCCACCACACCCACAGCCCAAGAUGACUGUGACGGAGUUCGCACUUCUCCAGUUCAAUGAGCCGCUGACUGAAGAGCUCAAGGAGCUCUUGGACUAUUGCCAGACGGUCCAGGACACCUGGGUCUUGCGCCAGCAGCCAGGACUCCCGCCUACCCGGGUAGACCGCGGCACCGCCAUCCUCCAGCAGGUCGAGGACCCGAGCGUGAUCCUCAUCGCAGCGCAGUGGGACUCGCAGCAGGCGCACCUCGAUUGGAUCGCGUCGCCCGAGAACCAGAAUGUCAUGGCCAAGCUGAUGCCACACAUCCAAGUCGAGGGCCCGCGAGCUGUGCUGUUCUUUCACGUCGACGCGCCCAUCUUUGCGACGCCGGUGGCGCAGCCGACCCAGGCCAACGGCGAACACGCGGGCGGCGGCGACGCCGCAGCAGAGGCGGGGAGCAAGACAGAGACCGACGCGGAGACGACGUCCAAGGGCAAGGACCCAGAAGCCCCCGCUGCCGCUGCACCAGAGACGGAGAGCAAGGCCGAGGGGAAGACCCCUUCGCUGUUGACGGCGCCGGUGCUUAGCGUCGGACGCUUCGGUGUACGGUCGGAGAAGAAGGAGGACUUCACCAGCAAGUACUACGAGUCGAAGUGGGUCGUCGAGGAAGCCGCGAGGCCGUACCCCGUCCGCGGCGGGUGGCGGAUGGAGAAGGCAGUCGAGGAUCUCGAGGAGUUUGUCAUGUACUGCGGGUGGUCGACGGUCGAGCAGCACAAGGCGAUUGCGCAGCGCGAGGGGUUCAAGGAGUGGGCUGGCAUUCAGGAGUUUGUCACGGGUACUGACAUUUGGCAUUACCAGAGGAUCAUGUAGGUAUUUUUGCCACCAUGGAGCUCGAGGCUGUCUGGAUAAGCGUAAGCAUGCCUAGCCGGGGGUGGCAUCUUCGUCGCGACUUUUCAUGUUUUGUUUCGCGAGGCCUGCGUUUU